AUGCUCUCCAGAUCGCUGCUCCGGAACCCUUCAAGGGCCUUGAAUGCCCUGUCAAGAGCCAGCACCCUCUCUACGAGGAAUCAGGCUCGUCUCCUCUCGACUUCAUCAGCCCGAUAUGCGGACGAGAAGCUCAACAAGGUCUCCGCGACCAUCACACAGCCCAAGUCCCAGGGCGCUUCCCAGGCUAUGCUGUACGCCACUGGCCUCACAGACGCCGAUUUGAGCAAGGCGCAGGUUGGAAUUUCCUCCGUCUGGUACGAGGGAAACCCCUGCAACAUGCACCUGAUGGACCUCGCUGGUCUUGUCAAGGAGUCCGUGGCCAAAGCCGGCCUUGUCCCCUACAGAUUCAACACGAUUGGUGUUAGUGAUGGUAUCUCCAUGGGCACCACUGGCAUGCGAUACUCGCUGCAGAGCAGAGAAAUCAUUGCCGACAGUGUCGAGACUGUCAUGAAUGGACAGUGGUACGACGCAAACGUCAGCUUGCCAGGAUGUGACAAGAAUAUGCCUGGAGUUGUCAUUGCCAUGGGUCGUGUCAACCGGCCCAGCAUCAUGGUCUACGGUGGUACUAUCCAACCCGGCUGCACCAAGACUGGCGAAUCUAUCGAUAUCGUUUCUGCUUUCCAAGCCUAUGGCCAGUACAUAUCUGGAGAGAUCACCGAGGACCAGCGAUACGACAUCAUUCGCCAUGCCUGCCCCGGCAGCGGUGCCUGUGGUGGCAUGUACACUGCCAACACCAUGGCAACAGCUAUUGAAACCAUGGGUCUGACUCUGCCAGGCAGCAGCAGCAGUCCUGCUGAGAGCGCUUUGAAGAAGGCUGAGUGCCAAAGCGUUGGCGAUGCUAUCCGGACCCUUUUGAAGGAAGAUAUCCGACCACGCGAUAUUCUUACGCGACAGGCCUUUGAAAAUGCCAUGAUUGUCACCACUAUUCUUGGUGGAAGCACCAACGCCGUUCUCCACUUGAUCGCAAUUGCUGAUGCUGUCGGCGUCAAGUUGACCAUUGAUGACUUCCAGGCUGUCUCUGACCGUAUGCCCUUCCUUGCCGAUCUCAAGCCCUCUGGCAAGUAUGUCAUGGCCGAUAUGCACAAGAUUGGCGGUACCCCUGGUCUUCUCAAGUACCUCAUCAAGGAGGGCCUCAUUGACGGCUCUGGUGUCACCGUGACUGGAAAGACCAUGAAGCAGAACGUCGAGAGCGCCCCCGAUUUCCCUGCCGACCAGGACAUUAUUCGACCCCUCACCAACCCCAUCAAGCCCACUGGCCACAUCCAGAUUCUGCGUGGCUCUUUAGCCCCUGGCGGCUGUGUCGGAAAGAUUACUGGCAAGGAAGGCCUUCAGUUCGUCGGCAAGGCUCGCGCCUACGAUUCUGAACCCGACUUUAUUGCCAGCCUGGAGCGUGGCGAGAUCAAGAAGGGCGAGAAGACUGUCGUCAUCAUCCGCUACGACGGCCCCAAGGGUGGCCCUGGCAUGCCCGAGAUGUUGAAGCCCUCUUCAGCCAUCAUGGGCGCUGGCCUGGGCAAGGAUGUCGCUUUGUUGACUGACGGACGUUUCUCUGGUGGCUCUCACGGCUUCAUUAUCGGACACAUUGUUCCUGAGGCUUUCGAGGGCGGUCCUAUUGCUCUUGUCAAGGACGGUGACACAAUCACUAUUGACGCCGAGAAGCGCAUCAUUGACUUGGAGAUUUCCGAGGCCGAAAUGGAGAAACGAAGAAAGGAGUGGAAGCGCCCUGAGCCGAGAUAUACCAAGGGCACGUUGGCCAAGUAUGCUAAGAUGGUUAGCGAUGCUAGCACAGGAUGUGUUACAGAUGGUCCGAUUGCGUAA